AUGAGCAGCAAGCACAUAUCCCUCGUCAUCCCCGGCAACGGGCCCCGCGACUUUGUCGAGUCGCCGACUUACACGCCCUCCUGCAGCAGCGCCAGCGCCAGCGCCAGCAGCAACGGCAACUACAACAACAACAACAGGAAGCGCCGCUCGCUCAUCAACAUCCCCAGCAGCCUCAUCCCCGGCCGCGGAAAAUUCCACAAGUUCUGGCCCGCCGGCUCGCGACGCUCGACAUGCGAGGGCGAGCUCAAGGACUGCAACGGGCACCACACCGAUGUCAGCGAGGUCAUCCGGCUUGCCGGCGUCCAGAUGGGCGCGCUGGGCAACCCGGCCAACGCCAUGUCGCCGUCGACGGGCGGCGUGCACCAGGACGAGAAACGCAGGAGGGACAAUGAAUUCGAGGAGCGGGUGGUGACGAGGUCGGACAACAACAAGGUGCACAACUUUAGCAGGCUGCCGCCGUACCUGUCGCCGCCGCCGCCGCCGCUCAACAGGAAGCCGAUUCCCGACCGGGAGCCCGCGCCGUUUCCGCCGCCGCCGCCUCCGGUGCCGAUGCACGCACCACCCCCGGUCCCUGCCCCGGUGCGAGCGGCACCACCUCGCCCUCCACCUCCGCCGCCGCCGCUGUUUGCCGAACUCCCCGCAGACAUCGGCAUCGCCGUGGCCUCUGAACAACGCGACUCGGUGGCCGCGAGCCUGCCGCCCCGUGCGACGAUCACGAGGUCGACCGGUCUGCGGCGGGCCAAGACGCCGGUCCGCAAAGUCGGACAACUGGAGCGGGCGGCGAGGCAGAAGCGCAUGUCGGCCGCUGCGGGCGUCAACAGAAUGUCCAGCGUCAGCACGAUAGCUCGCCAGUACAGGGACCUGGUCGAGUACCCCGAGGAGCCAGACGUGCCAGAGGUGCCGCCCAUCAACCCCAAGUUCCUCGCCCAGCAGCCGAGCCCAGCUCCGAGAUACGAUCCAUCCGAGUACCGCAAGAGCCUGCUCUUCACGCCGUCACCGGUAUCAGACGACGGCACACUGGUGCCCUCCGACCAAGACCAUGGAGAAGGGCAGCACAAGUUCUUUCGAUACCCGUCCCCAGUGUCGCCUCGCCCGGGCCACGAAGAGGACAAGAUCACCGAGAGCACCGCACCGGCACCAGCCGCCCUACGAUUUCAGGUUGGCCUCGACUUGCUGACGCGAGAGCUGUCAUCGGCGCUCGCCAGCAACAACGGCGGCACGGAGGAACCGCGCUCGGGCAACCGUGCCUCGGGGCUCCAGGUAUGGCUCAUGAUUGAGGCGUACGAGCGGCUACGGGACCAGCUCGCCGCCUCGGGCACGCAGAACGAAGAGGUUAGAAUGGCUAUCGACGCGUGGCUCGAGGCGCUGCACGCGAUACACAGGGACAUGGUGGAUGGGGCUGCGUAUAGUGACAGCGAGUACGAGGACGACGAUGUGAUUUCUUUGAGCGGGGAAGCAUGA